CCCAGUACUACAUUACUUGACCAUGGCUUUGUUUUUGCUUCUACUUUGCAAAAGAGAAUAGAAGGUUUCUUUCUUUAUGCACACAAAAUCACACUUCAUUAGCCACUAAUUCAGAAACCCUUUUGAGAGAGAGAGAGAGAGAGGGAGAGAGAUUAUGAGUGCAAGGGCGGAGAAAAUUUAAGUAUCUGAGCAAAGAGAAAAGAGAGGAAGGUGGAAGGAGAAAAAAGAGAUCUAGAAAAUGAUUGCAGGGGCAGCUUCAUGUUUCCAGAAUAGCUCACAAGGAUUGCAGAUGUAUGGGUUGACUGAUAAUACAUCAGCUUCGAUGGAGACCAGCUCUGGAGCGGAGACCCACUCAAGCGCCUUCCUAUACAGUCUCUCCAUCCUUAAGGACAAGGUUCAUCAGGUGCAAUCACUGGCCGGCGUUAUUAUAUCCCCUAAUCAUCAUCACAGCCAGCCUGAAUCAGAAGCCAUAGCCAUAGCUAGCAUGGGAACUCUCAUUCAAGAAAUAAUGGUCACUGCAUCAUCCAUGAUGUUCAACUGUCAACAACUUGCGGUCGGCGCUUCACCGGUCACUAAUCAAAGCAGCCAUGAAAUGCAUCAUCAACGUUGUGCCACUAAGGUUCCUACCGGUAGCGGCACCACCCACGAAGCUCAAACAGCUCAAAUCGGAGAAGAAGGCGGAAGAUGUUUCUUCACCUCAGAAAAUCUUGAUUGGUAUGCUGAUAAUUAUCAUAACAAUACUAGUAGCAGUAAUAAUGGUCAUAGCAACCAUGGUAAUACUACUACUAAUAACAAUAAUCACCACCACCGUAAUACCAUUAGCACCAUCACCACCGCUACAGCCGCCACCACCACCGUCACCACCACCACCACCAAUAACAAAACUAAAAGCAACAAACACAUGAGUGAGCGCCUAGAGAGGGAAUUGCCAAAUGGGGUGGAAAACAAUGAUGGUUUUGUACCAUGUGAUAUCAUCGAGCUGGAUGCAGCAGAUUUAUUGGCUAAAUAUACACAUUAUUGCCAAGUUUGUGGUAAGGGAUUCAAGAGGGAUGCAAAUCUUAGGAUGCAUAUGAGAGCACAUGGAGAUAAGUAUAAAUCCAGUGCAGCUCUAACCAAACCUUUGAAGAACAGUGGUGAUGGGGAGGAUGGUAAAGGGUUUUCUUCAGUGAGAUUGGCUAGGAAAUAUUCAUGUCCACAAGAAGGUUGCAGAUGGAACAGAAACCAUGCCAAGUUCCAACCACUGAAAUCCAUGAUAUGUGUGAAGAAUCACUAUAAGAGAAGCCAUUGUCCCAAGAUGUACGUCUGUAACAGAUGCAAUCAGAAACAGUUUUCGGUUCUAUCCGAUCUUCGAACUCAUGAGAAGCACUGUGGUGAACUCAAAUGGCAGUGUUCAUGUGGAACCACUUUCUCUAGGAAGGAUAAGCUUAUGGGCCAUGUUGCUUUGUUCACUGGGCACACUCCAGCAGGGAAUUCAUGUCCAAAAUCUGAAAAGAUCGAUCACCAUGCAAUGCAAAUGCAGUGAGGCAAUCUUUGGUGAAGCUGAACUGGAUCAUCCAAAGCAGAUUUCUUCAAAAUUGUAUGUUUGUUGAAGUCUUCCUUUUUUUUUUCUUUUUUCUAUUUUUUCCUAAAGUUUUGCUGUACAUCCAAUCAAAUGCAAUGAAAGGGAAACAAAGUAUAACUUUCA